UCAGGCUGCCUGUUACCACUGGCGCUCAGAGCUCAUUCCUGCCAGCUUUCCUCCGCUUCCACGCCGAGAGACUCCCGCUAGGUUUUUUUUGCACAUUUUGCUGGGACAGGAGGGAGACGACCACGGGACAGACAGACAGAGGCCGACCGACUCUCCUCACCUCCCCGUUCACCAUGUCUGCAGCAUUGCAACGGGCUGCCCGGCAGUCUGCCGGACGCCUCAACAUGAACCACUAUGCUACGAAGAAGAGUGUGGCAGAGAGCAUGCUGGAUGUGGCUCUGCUGAUGGCCAACGCUUCCCAGCUGAAGGCCGUGCUGGAACAAGGGCCUGAGUUUAAGUACUACAUCACGGUGGUCGUGCUAAUUUCCGUCUCUCUCUUCUUUCAAGUCCUUGCUGGGGUCCUCUUUAUUCUCAUGGCACGUAAAGAUCUCAAUGAUGUUGCCAAUCAGAGGAGGCUGAACAUAUUGAAUAAUGCCGCCACUGCGCUAGUGUUCUUUACAGCCAUCAUUAACAUCUUCAUCACUGCGUUUGGUGUUCAGAAGACGGGCCUCUACCCUCGCCAGUAAACGCUCUACAGGAUGGAAACACCUGUGUUGGUCAUUUUUAUACAAUUAUGCAAUACAAAAUUCUACUAAUUGUGUUGCUUUUGUUGUUUAGAUCCAGGACUUCCAUGCUAACAGUGAAUCAUGAAUGUUUGCAAAGUCUUCUGUCCAACCUUAUCAAAGGCCACUGAAAUGUGAAAAAUACAUGACUUUAAUUAUACUAAAGAAGAUACAUCCAUUCAGUUCUGCUUACCUUUACUAUAUACAGUGUGUUUUGGGGCAUUUAGUGUAAAAAUUUUUAAACUACAUAAAUUCUAUUGAACCUAAAUGGAUUGUAUAAAUUUAAUGUGAGCUGACUUUAUUUGUAUUAGACAUUUGUUUUUAAAAUAAUGAAACAAGCAGCUUGAGUGUACUUUUCCCUGUGUUGCCAAUAUUUAAAGUUUAACUAUGAUAAGAAACUAAUAAAAUAAGAAGUACCAUUAA